AUGUCUAUCGACCCCCUUCCACCACCCCCUUCUCAUCGUCCCCUUCUGACGAGAUCUCAGUCUGACAAUCCUCUCGCGGACGGCCCGCCUCCCAAUCGUCUGCCUUCUAUGCUCUCGAAAAAGCGACAUUCUACUCAUAUUGUCGCGGAUGAGACGCUCACACCUUCACCGUCACCUUCACCGUCUUCCAUUCUAAGGCCGUCGCGGCCCACGCGUGUCGGUGCUCCACCUGUAGCGCUUUCGCGGUCGCGGUCGGCCAAGGUCAAGAUCUCGAGCCGACCGCGAACAGCGACGGGUUCGAUGGAGGACGUGACACCUUGGGAAUUGUACCCUGCGCCAGGGGACGAGCUCGGCUCUAGGUGUGUAGUAAUUGCUGAGUCUUCGUCACAGAACUUGUCUCGUGCUAGCACAUCGAUGCGUCCCUCAAGCUCCGGAGGCCGUCCUUCCGGUCGAACCUUUGCUGACCACCUCCGGAGAAGAAAGUCUACAGGAAGUAAGACUCCUGCAAAGAAUCCAGUAGGCAGCAACUUCGCGCCAUUCAGGCUUCAGUCGUCAGCUUCAGCAGGCCCACUAGGUGUCGAGUCUUUCCCCAAGACUUCGCAUUCAGUCGCUCCAUCAAAUUCUCAUCGUAAUCAUCCCCACAAUGUCUCAAAACCGCCUUCAAGUUCAGGUGCUUAUAAACCGUCCCAGAACCCAACACUAACUCCGCCAGUUCCGCCAGUACCCACGGCAUGGUCUGGUGUCGUUCAUGCGGGCCCCUUCGUAGCGCCUCCUUCUGCUUCUCAGUCCCGUUCCUCACCCGAUCAGCAAGGGGGAAAAGGAAAAGGCAAAGCUGCCAAGUUCUCUACUGCUGACCGCACCGUUCUUGAAGAGCUUAAACGAAGCCUCAAUGCGCGAGCUGCGCAGUUUGUCGUGAAGAAUGGGUCUUGCGGGUCUGGGAAAUCUGCCUCGGCCACCGGCAGCGGUAUCUCCUGGGGCGCAUCCGGCCUUGGUGCCGUAGGCGUAUUCAAUGGUAAAAAGCAUCAUCCAUUCGGAAAGGACGAGAUUCCGUAUCCGCGUUGCUAUGAAAAGGACGUGUUGGAUCUGGAUAUCUGGGACACCCAUUUCUGUCGACAGAUCUGUGAGAGCCUUACUUGGCAUGUCUUUGAGAAACCACCCACCAAGGUUCUGGACAUAGGAUGUGGUACCGGUGCUUGGAUACUCGAAUGCGCCCGAACAUGGAGGGAUUGCCAUUUCGUGGGGCUGGAUUGUGUGCCUUUGCAUCCCGAUCUUCUUCGAGUUGGUUCCAGUGACCUCGCGCACCGUAUCACAUGGACCCAGAGUAACUUCCUCGACUAUCUUCCGUUUCCCAAUGAAGAGUUUGAUUUUGUUCAUAUCAAACGAAUCGCAUUGGGAGUUCCUGAAGACAAAUGGGAUCAUCUAUUCGAAGAGAUUGUCCGUGUGAUGAAACCAGGAGCUGCCUUUGAGAUGAUCGAAGAAGAUUUGUUUUUCCCUGGUUGUAUCCUAGACGGAGACGAAGAUCGUGAUAGUGAUUUCGGCUCAGAAACUCGUUCAUUUGAUGAGCCACACCGGCGUUUUUCUGGACAAGGCCUUCGUUCCACCCCCAGAAAUGGCUCGUGGUUUGGACGGAAGUCGGAAGAAGUUGGAUCUCCACUAUCGACGAACUCAAGUCCCAGUUUGCUACCUACAGGUUCCACAUCGGGCGCAUCAAAUUACAGUGCUCCUGUUACGCCUCCUAGCAUGACGCUUCCGCUUCCGCUACUUCCUAUGUCGAAUACGGCCAUUAUCGAAGAUGAUGAGGACGAAAUGGCACUCUAUACUAUUAGAGAUCGUAGUGAACCUCGAAAGUCGCUAACGCCCCCUUCGCCUCCGGCUUCUCUCGAACAGAGGUUAACAGCGCCAAGUACAUUCAAUGCUACUGCGAGUCAACAUCGGAGAAAUUCUGAUGAGAGGUUGGUGACUCGUUCCCCAACGAUAUUUGGUGCUAGUCGUUCCAAACGCCCGUCAACGUCUACCGGUAUUGAAGGUCGAAGAAGUCCUGGGAAAGCUGCCGUAUCACCUUUCUUGACGAGGUCGUUACCCAAAGAACCUCCGAACCCGAGAGAUCAUUCCUUGCUUGAGACAAUAUACAAGGAGAUGCAAGCGUCGCGAUUCAUCAACACGUCUCCACUUUCACUACUGCCCAAUGCCCUCGGGCUACAUUUCAAGGAUGUGCGAUCCCAGCCCCCGAUCCGGUUUGCUUUCCCGCCCUUACGGCCUAAGCAGACACCGCAGGAGGAAGAUUCGGAUUCAGAUCCGGAUGAAGAGGCCAGAAAUGCUAUCAAUCCGUAUCCUGCACAGCGACUUCAAUCAGUUUCUCAAACUAGUACAGAGUCUAGCCAAGAAGAUCGGUGGGUAUCCGCGCAGAGUCUUUUACUCAAGACGUCGGCGUACGUGUCUCUGGAUGAAUCCCGACUCGCUGGUUUCUCCCCUCGAACUUCUUCCGCAGUCACCAAGUCACCUCCCUCAAGGACCAUUCCCCUAUCAGACGAUACUGCUCCGGUGAAUCCUGCAAGAUUACUGCAAGGGAAGGGUCUACCCAACUCUAAUCUGAACAUCGACGUACAAGCUCUUAAUCUGAAUCUUGCUCUCCGCGCGGCCGAGAUCCUCGGUUGUUCCGAGGAGAUGUGGGAGUGUGUAUUGCAGUAUCAGCGGGAGGCGCGGCGUACGAGAAAAGAUGGAGCUUCGAGGAAUGUAUUGAAAAUGAGGUCCAAGUCUGUAGAUGCGGCAAGGCAUCGGCAGAAUAAACGCUCUAGCGUCGGCGGCUGGUCAGAACCGGAGGACCCAAUAACGCUACUCGAGGACCUGACGAGGGAGGAGUUCGAAGGUUUGCUGAUACGGUUUGAUCUUGAUAUGCAAGACCACAUGGCAUUGGGAUCCCAGAUGGAGGAGAGAUUCUCGUGGUCGGUUUCUCCUUCGCCUCCUUCUGUAGAGCGUAAAGCUUUUGACGCUGCCUGGGAGAGAUGGUGUAAAUGGGACGAGGAACAGCGAAACCGACCCCCUCCACGCGGAUCGAGACCCACAAGUCUCAUACUCACCAACCCUAUUGAUGUUUCCCGAAUGAAUCAUAACGAGUGCAAGCUCCCCGCUCGCGACCAAACCUUACUUUCUCGUGGAUUUCCUGCGCGCCUACCUGAAACAAGAGGGACUCCUUCGCAGCGUUCUUCGACGCCGCGUACCGAUACAACGGCUCCAACCAAAAGACUCAGCCGCAUCCUUGGCGUCUUCGUCGCUUGGAAAGCCGAAGAAAGCGGGCCGGAGUCAUGA